UGAGUUCUUUUUUCCUGCUUUCGUAUGACUUAUUGCUCUCGCCAUUGACUGUACAGAAAUACCUCAAAAGGAAAAAUGGUACUGUUUGCUUCGAUAGUCAGAUCGCUGAGUCAGCACAGCCGGAAUGCCACAAAGCUUUCCGACUCCACUUGGUCAAUCUUCAGGCACCUCAAUAUUUCCCAAUCCAAUGCGUUCAAGUUCCAAAGCGUUCGAACUCUCCUCUUGCAAUCAGCUACUGAGUCUGUUAAAUUGCAGAAACUCACUGAUUCUGACUCGGGAAUUUUUGAGGUUAAUUUGGAUAGGCCAGGAACCAAAAAUGCUAUUGGGAAGGAUAUGCUCAGGGGACUGCAGUAUGCAUUUGAGACUGUAGAUAAAGACCAUUCGGCCAAGGUUUUGAUGAUCUGCAGUUCAGUUCCCAGAGUAUUCUGUGCUGGCGCUGAUCUGAAGGAAAGGAAAAUGAUGAGUCCAUCUGAAGUACAAGAUUUUGUAAAUACUCUGCGUUCCACAUUCUCCUAUUUGGAGGCACUCAGUAUCCCAACUAUAGCAGUCAUUGAAGGUGCUGCAUUGGGUGGUGGGUUAGAAAUGACAUUGUCUUGUGAUCUUCGGAUAUGUGGAGAAGAUGCAGUUUUGGGAUUGCCAGAAACAGGACUUGCUAUAAUACCUGGGGCAGGUGGAACACAGCGGCUUCCUAGAUUGGUUGGAAAAUCAACUGCAAAAGAACUUAUAUUUACUGGUCGAAAGAUUGAUGGCAGGGACGCUUUCUCCUUAGGACUUGUGAAUUACUGUGUACCUUCUGGUGAAGUUCAUUCAAAAGCUCUUGAAAUUGCUCGGAAUAUAAAUCAGAAGGGACCAUUAGCAAUUAGGAUGGCAAAACGAGCUAUUGACAAAGGAUUGGAGGCAGAUACGGCAUCGGCUUUGGCUUUGGAGGAGGAUUGCUAUGAUCUGCUGUUGAACACAAAAGAUCGCCUAGAAGGCCUUGCGGCAUUUGCUGAGAGACGACAGCCCAAGUAUAUUGGCGAGUAAAAAUUCCUUUUAGCUGAACAAUAAAAAUUGAUCUUUAAAUAGUCAAAACUCCAAUGAUACUGAAUAAUAGAUAUAAGUUUAUUUCAUUUUCGAACUUCUUCAGAUAGCAAUGUAUGUUUUCAUUUUUGCUGAAUUUUGUGGAAAAAUUUACAUGCUUCUGUAAUUUGCAGAAAUAUUAAAUAUGCUACCGGCUUGUUUGGCUAAGUUUAAAAAUUCA